AUGGAUGUGUGCAUUGAUCAUAUCCUGUUCUUGCAACAGUCCGCCGAAGAUCAGUACACUGCCAAGGUGAAGCGCGUGGGCUUCCGCUACAACCAAAACUAUGAUGAAGGUAUGGGUAUGUUGGCAAAACUGGCAACUCAUCACGCAUACAAUCUUGUUGAAGAACAGUAUCUUGUUAGCGGCGAAGAGACGUAUGAUACAACGACAGUUGAAAAUACUCCAGCGUUUUUUACUCUAGCCAGUGCCAAAUCGGGUGGCCAAUAUGCUGUGAAUUUGACUGAACACACAUGCAGCUGCGCGUUUAACCAGACCAUGUUGCUUUCUUGUCGACAUAUACUUUAUCUGCGACUCAAUGCGAACAUGCGUUCCAUCAUUCCGUAUGAGGCGAUACCUGGACGGUGGCUGCUUGCCGAUGAAGACGAAGAAGAUGUAGUCUCCAUAGAGAAUAUAUAG